AUCUAGCGUGCUGGCAUUUUUACUAUUCAGCAUAGGAUGGUGUAAGUAAAAGUUGGGAUUCAACCCUUAUAUUAUGUUUAAGCCCCCAACAAGAUGAAGAACACCGAAUCCUAUCAAAACCUGAUAGGCAGCCAGGAGAACCUUAGCGUAAGUGACUCUCCUGUGGGCGAUGAGAUUAUAGAUAGACCGCUGUCAACUAUAGAAAAGACAUUUCUUCUCCACGCAGACAGAGGAGACUGUGCUACAGUCCAGAAGAUAAUUGAUGAAUACAGAAGUCAACCUGAAGAGUUCGACAUCAACUGUGUAGACCCACUUAACAGGUCUGCCUUGAUUGCUGCUAUUGAAAACGAGAACAUAGAAUUGAUAAAAUUGUUAUUGAAAGAAAAUAUAGAAGUAAAAGACGGGGUAUUACAUGCAAUUAAAGAGGAAUAUGUGGAAGCCGUAGAACUGCUUCUUAACCAUGAGGAAGAAUUUCAUAAACCUGGUCAACCAUACAGUUGGGAACGAGUUGACAGAUCAGCUGCCACAUUUACAGCUGAUAUAACACCAUUAAUUCUUGCAGCACACAAGAAUAAUUAUGAGAUUAUCAAGUUGCUUUUGGACAGAGGAGCUACGUUGCCCAUGCCUCACGAUGUGAGAUGUGGUUGUGACGAAUGCGUAUCCUCGAGCAAAACAGACUCUUUGAGACAUUCCCAAGCGAGAAUAAAUGCUUACAGAGCUUUAUCGUCGCCAUCUUUGAUAUCUUUGUCAUCAAAUGAUCCAAUACUGACUGCUUUCGAACUGUCUUGGGAUCUAAGGCGACUCAGCCGGAUGGAAACUGAAUUCAAAACCGAAUAUACCGCAAUGAGGGAGCAAGUCCAAAACUUCGCGACUUCUCUAGUAGAACACGCUAGGACAUCAAAUGAACUAGAAAUCAUGUUGAACUAUGACCCAGAAGGUGAAACUUGGGUCACUGGUGAAAGACAAACUUUGGAAAGGCUUAAGCUUGCUAUCAAGUACAAACAAAAAGCGUUCAUAGCGCAUCCAAAUGUCCAACAACUAUUGGCUUCAAUCUGGUACGAGGGAUUGCCAGGUUUUCGAAGGAAAAACAUGAUCGGACAAGGUAUGCAAGUGGCUAAACUGGGAAUCAUGUUUCCAGUUUAUUGCACCGUUUACAUGAUGUCACCGACUUCGCCAAUGGGAGAAUUCAUGAAGAAACCGUUUGUUAAGUUCAUUUGUCAUUCGUCUUCUUACGCCUUCUUCCUAAUGCUGUUGGGCGCAGCAUCACAAAGAAUCGAAAUCUUAGCCUUAGAAUGGUUCGGUACGGAUUGGGUACAAGACAUGGUCAAGGAGUGGAAAAGAAAAGAACGAGGAGCUCUGUUCGGUAUUGCUGAGUGUGGUGUUAUUUUGUACGUCAUAAGUUUAAUUUGGGGCGAAUUGAGAUCACUUUGGUGUGACGGACUGGAGGAAUACAUCUCCGAUCUUUGGAAUAUCGUGGACCUUAUUACAAAUAUGUUUUAUGUCCUUUGGCUGACAUUACGCAUGGUUUCCUUCUAUGUUUGCUGGAGAGACGAAAGAGCAGGAAAACGCACUUGGUAUCCAAGAGAGGAGUGGGAUAGUUUUGAACCAAUGUUAUUGUCAGAAGGAGCUUUUGCAGCAGGAAUGAUUUUCAGCUUUUUGAAACUGGUACACAUCUUCAGCGUAAAUCCUCAUUUGGGCCCAUUGCAAAUAUCUCUAGGACGAAUGAUCAUCGAUAUAGUAAAAUUCUUCUUCAUAUACACGUUAGUUCUGUUUGCUUUCGGCUGCGGUCUGAAUCAGUUGCUUUGGUAUUAUGCCGAAUUAGAGAAAAACAAGUGUUACCAUCUACCUAGUGGAUUACCUGAUUUUGAUAAUAAUGAUAAAGCUUGUGGUAUAUGGAGAAGAUAUGCAAAUUUAUUCGAAACAUCUCAGUCCCUAUUUUGGGCUAGCUUUGGAUUGGUGGAUCUAAUGUGUUUUGAACUUACUGGCAUAAAAGGUUUUACCAGAUUUUGGGCACUGCUAAUGUUUGGAUCAUAUUCAGUUAUAAACAUUAUCGUGCUACUCAAUAUGUUGAUCGCCAUGAUGUCCAACUCGUAUCAGAUUAUUUCUGAACGCUCUGAUACGGAAUGGAAAUUUGCGAGGAGUCGCUUGUGGGUGAAUUAUUUCGAUGAAGGAGAUACGCUUCCGCCGCCCUUUAACAUCGUCCCGACGCCGAAAUUCAUGUUAAAGCCGUGCAGGAAGAAUAUCAAGGGGACCAGGAGUUUUAAGGUAAAAUCAAGAGAGAAAGCGAGGGAAAGAUACGAGCACGUAAUGAAAUUACUAGUAAGAAGAUACGUUACGGCCGAACAAAGGAAGAGGGACGACUUCGGCAUAACGGAAGACGACGUUAUGGAAAUCCGUCAGGAUAUUUCCAGCCUACGUUUCGAACUCAUUGAUAUUCUGCGGAAAAACGGAAUGAAGGCCCCAGAAAUUAGCUUCCAGGACGUACAAGUUACGGGCAAGAAAGCCAAAGUGAUGGAGAGACGUCUAGCAAAGGACUUCCACAUAGGCAUAGUGGAGACUCUGGUUAGCGAACUGACCGAGAAACCUACUGAUUCGAAGAGCAUCUUCGGACAGAUUGCGAAGGUGAUAGGGAAGAGGACGACCUUGAAGAAAAAUAAGAAGGACUGGAAUGCCCUCGUCAGGAAGAACACGGUCGCUACCAAUCCCAUUGGCAGUGCCCAGGAGUUUGAAAAUCAGCAGGUUAAGAGGCAGAGUUUGAGAAGGCACAUUUUGAGUAAUGUGAAGCAACCGAAUAAAUUGGAUGAUGAGAAACUAGUCGAAUAUAAUCCGAACCUCUCCGAGAUUCCGAGGACUGCCAGAGUGGCUUACGCCAAAUUCAUGACCAAGAAAAUUGAGGGUGAGUACACCAGCGGAGCUAAGGAAAGGAAACAAUCGGGGGUAUCAUUUCACGAUUCGUACUUAGACCACGAUGCCAUAGUCCUCACUUUACACUAUCAGUACGGAUGAACAAUUAAAUCAACAGACGUGCAGCUAGCGGCUAUUAUGCACUCAUGGAUUCGUCUCAACGUGCAGUAACAUGCAGCCUCUUUUGUCCGUUUGUUAAGUCAUAUUGCAAGACUUAAAGCACGAUUGACGAGAAUAAACAACGGAGGUCGUCUCGAGACAGUAAGAAGUCGGUCAAGUCUGAGAAACAAACGGAAGGUCAGUCAGGUGCAGGCGAAGAGAUUCCCAGAACCGCGUUAUCUCCUCUCCCAGAAGUCAGUACUCCAGUGGGCUCUCGUUCAGCUACUCCUGAACCCAAUCAACAGCCACUACCGUCACCAGACCAACCUUCCGCCACCGAAACAAAAGAAGUAACAGAAAAGUCGGCGACUCCACAAUCCGCAGGUGUCGAGGAGGAGAAACCCAAGGAGGAACUGAAGACACAGUCAUCCGAGAUCGAUUCGAAACCUCCAGACAAUGGCAGCGAUUCCGAGAAAAAAACAUCGCCUCCUGUAAUGACCGUAACACAAACAAAUGAAGACGAAAACAAGGGGGGAUCGGGGGGUGGUUCGGGGGAUGGGAAGACCGAUGACGGACGUAAGGGUGCGGAUAAUGAUGAGAAAAAUAAACUGACGCCGAAGCCAACAGAGACACCGUCGACGUCGCAACCGACACCAUCGGCAGCUCCUAGACCGUCGCCCAGGCCUGCUAACAGAUAUAGGAAGAAUUUGGAUUGGCUGUAAAUGACUACACAGUCCAUCUAAAUGAAAAAAAAAAUGGUGCAGGAAAAGUUACAACAGAUUUAUAUAUUUUUCCAUAGCAGCUGUAGUUUCCUUUAUUUAAUAGUUCAAAACGUGCAAAUUAUGCCAUUUUCGACCCCGAAAAACAAUAUGAAAAAAUGAAAAUUUCAAUGCUGGCAAAGCUCCCAAAUAUCCUGCUAAUACCCAUUAACAAAACCCUAAAGCAUCUUGGGUAGUGCUAUUAUUGUAAAUAUUUGCUCACUAACUGUUUAUAAUAAAUUGACUUUUCAAUUAUCUUCAUUGAAUGGUGAAUGAGCUUACAUAUUAAAGUAUAAGCAUCCUACUUUAAGGUGUAAACUCAUCCACCAUUUAAUGAACAGCAUUGACGUAAUAAGUCAAUUAAGAGCAAUUAAAAAACAGGUUUACCUUGGCAACAUUGCAGUUUUCAUUUCUCCAUAUGGUUUGACGGGGUCGUGGAUGGCACACUUUGCACUUUCUCAAAUAUUAAGUCGCUUAUACCUUGAAAACUAGAGCAGUUGCGAAAACAGAAAGGUAAUUUUGAAAUCAGCACAUCAAAAAUACUCCAGUUGAGUCCUUACUUCCUUCGUACAUGCUGUAGGUUACGUAUAAUGUCAUGCUAUAAAGGAUCAGUAGAAAAUUAUUAUCCUGGGUCUGAGAGAGAUACAAAUACACUCUAACAUACGCAUCUUUCUAUCUCUAUCUCUCUCGUACACAUCAAGUUCGAGACCUCAAUGAUUCUCUGCCGAUCCUGUAUGUGCCCUCUAAUUAUUACGCUUAACAAAAGUAUAGAUUGGCUAUAUCUUAGACAUUUGAUUAAAUCAAAAUUCUAGGCAUACGAAAACUCAAUAUUUUAAUGGCGACAAGUUUGAUAUGAGAACUCAAACUUCCUUCCUCCAUAAUCAUUUUUGACUGCGACCUAAUAUGAUCAGAAAUUGCAAAAUGAAGAAAAACGUUUUUUUCCCAAUUUUGAAAUUGGAGACGUCGUCGUUGCUCUUCGCUCCGGAAACACCACGCGGUCCUGAGAACGGGACAACCCACCCUCAACUGUUCUCGCAACUCACCACUUAUCAUUAUGCAACCUUUGACUACUUAUGCUGCAUCUGCAUUGUUUAUUUACCGAAAUGUGAGAGAUAGUACUUUGACACCUUGCAGUUCGCUUUAUAAGAACAUAUACGAGGGGGUACCCAAAAAAUAACCGGAACUAUUUUCUACAAGCUAUUUAUUUUGAACUUUUUCAUAAAGUAGCCUUAUCUCCUUCAAAAUACUGUCCACUACAACUUAUACGCUUGUCCCACCAGUGCUUCCACUGCUCGAAAUAUUGUUUGAAGUCUUCCUUAGAAAUUUCUGACAGCUCCUCUCUCGUUUUUUUCUUGACCUCUUCAAUGACGUCAAAGCGGCGUCUUUUCAUGUCCCUUUUCAUCCGUGGAAAUAAGAAAAAGUCGCACGGAGCCAGGUCUAGCGAAUAAGGCGCGUAAGGCAGCGGAACCAUGCCAUUUUUAGCCAGAAACUGUCGAACAGAGAUGACUGUGUGCAUUAUCGUGGUGGAAGAACCAGUCUCCUGACCGCCACACAUCAGGUCUUUUUCGCAAUCGUCUUAAAACCUCCAAAUAAAAGGUCUGAUUGCCAGUGUGACCUGGGGGAACAAACUCGGAAUGGACUAUGCCUUCGACAUCAAAAAAACAAAUCAGCAUUGUUUUGAUGUUUGAUUUGACUUGGCGACAUUUUUUGGACGGGGUGACGAUGGCGUCUUCCAUUGACUUGACUGUUGCUUCGUUUCUGGGUCAUAACCGUAGCACCACGUCUCAUCACCAGUGAUGAUCUUUGACAGAAAAUUUGGAUCAGAUUCAAGCUGUUGUUUCAAAGCACGACAUGUUUCAACUCGGUGUUCUUUUUGAUCGUCAGUCAGAGCCGGAGGAACAAACUUGGAAGCAACUCUUUUCAUUCCCAAAUCUUCUGUUAAAAUUCGCUGAACCGAACUCUAGGACAUACCCACUACUUACGGAUAGUUGAUCGAUUAUCAGUCGGCGGUCUACAAGCACCACCUUUCGAGUUUCUCCAACAUUUUCGUCGAUUCGGGCAGUUGAUGGACGUCCAGAUCGAGGUUUGUCAUCAAUCGACAUGUCGCCAUCUUUAAAUCGAUCAAACUACUCGUACACCUGAGUUUUUCCCAUAGCAUCAUGUUUGUAAGCUAUUGUCAAUAUUAAAACAGUUUCAGCAGCAUUUUUACCAAAUUUUCAUAUUUUCCAAAACCUUUAUUAGUGGAAAGCGCUUGAAAAGGUUGAAGAAAAAUUGUUACUAACUAGUGUUUAACUGUCAGCGUUCUUGACUCGGGGUCCAAAAGUUGGUGCCACUGUUUAUGGAGUCUAUGUUGAAAAAUGAAAUAUUUUAGUUUGUGAUACAAUUUACGUUCAUAAAUAAAGUUUCUAUGAGUACAAUACAAAACGGCUUGUAAUUAAAUUUUAGCGUUUGUACUUAUGUUGUCUCAGCCUUGGACACUGUAUUUGUAUACUGAAACAAAGCAUAAAAGGACGCGUAACUAUGUACCCUACAACCUUUACAAAGCUCAUUAUGAGCGAGGUAUUUCUUGUACCUCACGGAUAAUACUGUGAACUUUCUUGUAACUUUUCCCUUGUUCUUCUGUCUUGUUUGUGUGCUGUGUAUUACAUGAAGUUAAAUAAACGAGUUGGACUAGAAA